UCCAGUUCCGAAUGUGUGGUUAUUCGCUAUCGGGCCUGAAUAUUGUAGAACACAAAGUCAUGGUGAAAUAAUAAAAAUUGUUCGCCUUUUGUCGCGUGUGCUCUUUCCAGAUAUCUUCGCAAUCCCUCGAAGCCUUUCCGACACUUCCUAGGUUCAAUUUUAUUAUUUAUUUGUUUAGAAAUAUUUUCAAGAAAUGAGUGCGAUGAGCGCCUCUCCUGUGAAGCCAAUUUUGCCUCCUGGAGUCACCUCCUCCCCUCCAAAAGUAGUUCCCCCCAGCACCACAACUUCGUCCAUAGCUCCGAGCAUACCCUCAGCCGCUUGUAAUUUGCCUGGUAGCCCAUUGAAAACUGCCAGCUUCAACAAUUCAGUGAGUCUCAGCUUAGUUUCAGACAACAAGCCUCAGGCGCCGCAGCCAGCUGCUGUUACAGUUCCAUCAGUUCAGCCGCUCCCACGCACACCGGAAAAACCCAAGGAUGCUGCACCUGCUGCCCCUCUUCCUCUCAAUAAUAUUGCACCCAAGGUGACACCCAAUGGUGUGUCAUCUGUCGCUACUCCAACGCCAGUCUCUGCCCCUGCCACGGUUCCUAGUGCUGCCCCUGCCUCUGCCCCGGCUCCAGUUCCAACACCAGCACCAGUAACAACGCCAGCACCUGUGACAACUCCAGCGCCCGUAACGACACCAGCUCCAGCCCCAGCUCCCGCCUCUAAGGAGCCUCUCACAAAUUCAGUCCCAGCCCCUAAAGAUAAAGAGAGCCCUGCCAAACAGGAAACUGCUCCACCGAAACCUGCCGGAAACCAUGCUCCCAGUGCUGUUGCCCCUCCCCCACCAGCAGCUGCCGUUGCUAAACCUGAGCCGGCUCCCGCACCCCCUGUAGUAAAAGCUCCCGCAGCACCUGCAUGCCCGAUCGAGAAAAAAGAGUCACCUUUACCUGAAACAAAACCAGAAGCCAAAGCUGAGACAAAAGCAGAAGCUAAAACACCGGAAAAACCUGCACCAGUAACGCCAUCUACAACCCCAGUAGCUUCUGUUUCACAGCCUAGUGUGCCGGCAACAGCAUCUGAUACUGCUAAAACAACAAAGGAAGAGACAACGCCGGCUCCAGAAGUUAAAGCUCCCAAAGUUCCUCGUGUGCCCAAGAAAAAAGCAGAACCCAAGACGGCUACCCCUGCAAAGUCGGAUGAGGCAGGAGAUGAAAGGAAGUCCAAGCGGUCCAGAUUGCCCACUCAACCGUACCAGAGCCCAUUGCCGGAACUGUCGCUCAUAACAAAAAUAUCCACCAAAACUGCAACUCCCACAAAGAAAGAAGAUGACAAACUGAUCGUUUUUUACAAAAAUGAAUUUCUGGCUGUGAGGAAUGCCGAAGGUGGUUUCUACGUAUGUCAGGCUAUGCAAAACAUCUAUAGAACCUCCUCAAAGAUACGUAUACGAUGGCUUUCUCAAGAUAGCAGUGGAGUCUACAUCCCUGACUUUUAUGAUCAUUCAGACUUUGAAUGCAUUCUCACAAGUUUAUCGCUUGGACGGGUUGACAAAGACAAGUGGAAGUUGCCUGAUGAUGAGCGACUGCGCACUGAAAAUAUCUUGAAACGAGCUUUGGAUGUUGAGAAAGGCGUCGCAGAAAAACCAUCAGUCACAGAAGAACAUCCUGACGGCUUGGAUCUUAGUCUGUUCAAAGAUGAAUCUCAGCUGAAAAAGUCCCGCAGAAGCUCAAAGAAAGCUUCUCCGAAAGCAAAGAAACCCAAGCCUGCAGAAACACCGAAAAAAGAGGCUGUAACAGAGCCUACUCGGAAGAAGGACAAAAGUAGCAAAAAGCGAAAAUCUUUGCCAGUCAAGACAAAGAAAGCACCUCCUCCACCGAAGAAGAAGACGCCAGCCAAAACCUCUCCGGCAAAGGCCCCGGCCGUCAAAAAACCAGUUGAAACUAAGAAAGCUGCAGUAAAACGGAAGGCACCAAAAGCGGCCCCAUCAACUUCCUUCUCCAGCUUGACGCCUGCUGAAAAGCGGAGGAAAGUAAUCGAAAAUCUUACAAAGCAAGUUGCGACCAGUGAACGCUCAACCAAAACGAGAAGGAAAAUUUAAUUCUGUUUCAGGCGCAGGAGGCGCUGUAGCGGCCAAAAUCUCAUCGGCAGCGCUGAAAAUGGUUAUCACCAAGGACCGAGAUCGUCGCAGUUUGGCCGUGCGCAAAAAAUAGACAAUCUCAUUACCUCCAAACUGCAUUCUCUGUGUACAUAACAAAAUUGCUGUUUCUAUGGAAGAAAUAUUUGUAAGCUAAGGAAAGUAUGUAUUGAUCUUAAAGGCAUAAGGCAUCGGUGAACAGUUUCUUCACUACGAAAACUAAAUAGAAAAUUCUGUUGCUGCAUGAAUGGUCUUUAACCCAGAAAAAUAAUUAAAUUUUCAUGAAAGAUUUAUUGUUGAAAAUAUGGGCAGCUGUUUCCAUUCCCGUUGGGUCAAUCAAAUUGUUUGUGCUAUCAGGCAAGACCUUGAUAGAAGCACAUAAAAUUGAUGGAACCACAGUAUCCCCUACCCCUUUCCACUUUUCAGCAAAAAGUCUGUAUUAUAAUUAUUUUUCUAGCGAUUAUGACAAAAACAAAAAACAAGAAUAAGUAUAAAUUAAAACGGAUGCCGUGUCCACUGAUGGGGGAAUGGCUCCACUGAAGUUUGUGGG